GGUCAGCUGAUGGGCCGCCCGCCGGGGAGGCCGCGGCGCGAACAUGGCGGCCGAGAUCCACUCCAGGCCGCAGAGCAGCCGCCCGGUGCUGCUGAGCAAGAUAGAGGGCCACCAGGACGCCGUCACCGCCGCGCUGCUCAUCCCCAAGGAGGACGGAGUGAUCACCGCGAGCGAGGACAGAACCAUCCGAGUAUGGCUGAAAAGAGACAGUGGCCAGUACUGGCCCAGCAUCUACCACACAAUGGCCUCUCCUUGUUCUGCUAUGGCAUACCAUCACGACAGCAGGCGGAUAUUCGUGGGCCAGGAUAAUGGGGCUGUAAUGGAAUUUCACGUUUCUGAAGAUUUUAAUAAAAUGAAUUUUAUCAAGACCUACCCAGCCCAUCAGAACCGGGUGUCUGCGAUCAUCUUCAGCUUGGCCGCCGAGUGGGUGAUCAGCACUGGCCACGACAAGUGUGUGAGCUGGAUGUGCACACGCAGUGGGAACAUGCUCGGCCGCCACUUCUUCUCCUCCUGGGCAUCCUGCUUGCAGUAUGAUCUAGACACCCAACACGCCUUUGUUGGCGAUUACUCGGGACAGAUCACCCUGCUGAAGCUGGAGCAGAACAGCUGUUCAGUUAUCACGACCCUCAAGGGACAUGAAGGUAGUAUCGCCUGCCUUUGGUGGGACCCUAUUCAACGGUUACUCUUCUCGGGAGCAUCCGACAACAGCAUCAUCAUGUGGGACAUCGGGGGAAGAAAAGGCCGGACUCUCCUCCUUCAGGGCCACCAUGACAGGGUGCAGUCACUGUGCUACCUGCAGCUCACGAGGCAGCUGGUCUCCUGCUCGUCAGAUGGGGGGAUUGCAGUGUGGAACAUGGAUGUCAGCCGAGAAGAGGCUCCUCAGUGGUUGGAAAGUGAUUCCUGUCAGAAGUGUGAGCAGCCCUUCUUCUGGAACAUAAAGCAGAUGUGGGACACCAAGACCCUGGGCUUGAGACAGCAUCACUGCAGGAAGUGUGGGCAGGCGGUCUGCGGGAAGUGCAGCAGCAAGCGGUCCAGUUACCCAGUCAUGGGCUUUGAGUUCCAGGUCCGAGUGUGUGACUCCUGUUACGACUCCAUCAAAGAUGAAGAUCGGACUUCUCUAGCAACAUUUCAUGAAGGAAAACAUAACAUUUCUCAUAUGUCCAUGGACAUUGCGAGGGGGCUCAUGGUGACCUGUGGGACAGAUCGUGUUGUAAAGAUAUGGGAUAUGACCCCUGUGGUGGGCUGCAGCCUGGCGACUGGAUUUUCUCCACACUGAUCCUGGAACUCGGUGAUAAGCCGCUCCAAUCUGCGCACAGCGACCUCCAUGAAACGAAACCCUUCAUGUAGCUCAGCAGCCACUGUCAUGUAAAUGGACAGUAGCCACCUGAAAAACAAAUCAAUAUUUUUAAAAAGAAAAAAAAAUUAUAAAGGUGUAUUUGGGGUAUUUGUGGAAAUUAUCUGUGGGGACUAACACCAGUAAGGUCUGUCCAUAAUGGUCUCCUAAGGAAUGGAAUUUCCUCAGCAAAACUGCCUCGUGAACACUGAACCAGUGGGUAAGGGAAGACUACCCCAGCAAAUGAAGGUUUUAGAGGGAAAUUUUCUGAACAAAAAAGGUUAAUGCUUAGAACGUCUUAAAUGCAAACCUAUGAGCACACAUGGGGUCUACUAAGAGGGUCCUUUGAGGCCCCCGAGGGCACUCUGCUGUCCAAUCAGGAGUUGGAGGAAGGGCUGUCUGUCUUCGGGGGAGGUGACCUGGUAUAAGAAAUGCAAGCUUGCCACAUGGCUGUGCUCCACACUGAGUUGCUGAUAAACUUCUUUAAGGUACCUGUUCUGUCAGGGCGUGCCACGAUCUGCUCUUGGAUUUGGCUCACUACAGUUGUUUCUGUCCCAGCCAGUGUCCCAUGGGUGAACCUGUACAGCUGUCAUAUAACAAGGCAGCCCACAUUCGUCCCUCUCUCCCAAUCCUGCUCCGUGGACAAAGCUUCUUUUAUGGUGCUGUUGUACGACCCUCCUGACAUUUUUUUUUUUCUUUGUAGCUAAUCAUAACACAUGGCACACUCAGCUGCCACCUUGGUGGAUGUGACGCCAUUAGCCUGGUCCACUCAACAGCCCAGUCCUGCCAACUGAUACAUUUGUUUGCAGUCCUGAGACAAGCCCUUGUGAUAUGGUGGCAAUUUAUGCCCCUCAGAGGAAGUUCUCUGAAGCUUUUGUAUUCUGUUAUGUUGUAGUUGUGACUAGUGUUAUUCAUACUGCAUAGGAAGAAAUUGGUGGCCCAUUCCUGGUUAUCAAUCAGGUCUUGUAUAGUAAUCCCUAACUUGUAAAUCACUUUCAUAACAGUUAAAAAAGCUGUUGUAUGAAAUGCAUUGUCCAAGUGUUUGACCAGAUUAUCAGGAUGAGGCACAGAAGGGGGAUGGAAAGCCUGUUCAGAUGUUUAUGUAUGUUUGUGUUGACAAUAAGUAGCUCAUGAACUAUUCCAGUAGAAUUGGGAGAGCCAGUGGGAAAGGGCUGACUGCCUUAAAGGAUAAAUAAUGAAUACCGACAGCAUCUUUGUGACUUUUGCUAAUGGGUAUCAAUUAAAAAUCUCACUGCUGCACUGUGUCGGAUAACAUCAAGAUAAUGGCCAUUCUAUCUGAUAGGACUAAGGGACUAAAUAUGCUAUUAAUAUGGUUUACAAGGAGAGAAAAGUUUACAACGGGCAGUAAAACUGAUGUCCUAAUGGCCAUGACACAAAUAAUGAAGAAAGGAAAGGAAAAACAGCCAGGCAUACUAGGUUGGAGAUUUGUACUGAAAGCUCUUGUCUUCAAAAGUAAGAUGAAAGGGUUUUGUUGACCUUUUUAAUUUUUAUGUUAUCUCACCUUAACUGAUGAUCCUUCCCCAGAGUUGCCCUGCACUCUGCAAGAUAGGCAUUGCUAAUGUGCUUUGGACAGGGACUGAGUGGCACUUGAAACGACAGUGGAGAUGUUCUGCUUCUGCUUGGUUUAGUCCAGUCCGUGGUUCUGCCCAGGCAAAGGGGAAUAGAACACAAUGGAGUCAUUGCCCUGUGGAGUAGUGCUGAGCCAUGCACGGUUUUGUUUUCUUAAAAGCAUCUGUAAAAUGUGACUUUUGGACAUUUGUGGUAGAUUGAACUCAAUACUCUAUUUUUCAAGCUUUUUUUUUCUUUUUUCUUUUUUUUUUUUUUUUUUUGAAAACCUCUUGAUGCAAAACUCUGUGUGGCAUAGAGAGCAUGAGGUUGGUUCAAGCCUUUUAAGGGGCUAAGCGAAAUCAAUGAAGAAAUUUAUAUUUAAGGAAGAAUUGGGGCAAGGGACCUUAGGAAGGAAUGCAGACUGUUUGAAGGCAGUUUGCUCCCCACUUGGGCCUGUGAUCACAUCACCUUUCAAAAAUGUGCAUGUCAGGCUCACCUCAUGUGUCACAUGUCAGGUAGCAAAUGGGGUCAUAUUUUUUAUAGAGGGUGAAAAUUAUAGUCUCAAGUUUACUGACUGAAGGGACAGCAAGGCUCAAGCUUUGCCUUAUUUGGACUCUGUUACUAAAUGAGUCACUUAAGAUAGUUCCUCGAGUAACAGUUACUGUCCUUUCCAUCCCAGAGUUCUCAAGCUAAUUUGUACAGACAAGGAUUAAGAAGUAUAGAAUGUUCGAGAAGAGCCUUGCGCUUAGGUCUAGGAUGUAAUAAAGUGAUGCCAAGUCUUUAUUCUCAAAAUGUCCUUCAGUGGUCCUUCAUUAGUGGGUCCCAGGGAGAGGAACAGGUCUGUAUAUUGGUAGAAACCAUUUCUAUUCACUAGGUUGUAAUUGUUUGCCACAGCUUAGUCUUAACUUUCUGCCUAGAGGACAUCAACAAACACUCUUGCCGUAGAGUCUAUCACUUUGUUCUCCCCCACAAUGACUCAGUUUGUUAAUAUCUAUAUUUAUUAAGCAGUCAAAAUUUGAUAAAUAGAAUAGCGGCUCAGACACAAGAUUUUUUUUUUUUUUUUUUAAGAUUAGGAUUUCAUGAAAAGUACUUUUUGAUCUCUUUCUCUCUCUCUUUCUCUCUCUUGGUUUUUCAAGACAGGUUUUUUUUUCUGUGUAGGCCCUGACUGUCCUAGCCUUGCUUUAUAGACCAGGCUGGCUUUGACCUCACAGAGAUCUGCUUGUUGGACCCUCCCCCAAGUGCUGGAAUUACAGGCGUGCGCCACCAUACCCAGCUCUGAUAUCUCUUACAUGACAAAAAUCAAGUCACUAUUAAUGAAAAUGAUCUGCUCAUUAUAGAUGGGAGGCUUAACAAAUAAGUGAUACAUGCUAAUUUCUGCCAGUGUCUAUUGCUUAAUUGUUAAUUGUGAGCAGAUUACUGAAUGCCUCGUCUAUUUUCUACAUUUUAUUUUACAAUAACUCUUUGAGUAAGUUGAAGUUUAAUUGUGUAGCAAAUUUCUAUCAGAGAACAAUUUAAAGUGUUUUAUUCUGUAGCCUUUUUUUGACUGGGAAGCAGAAGGUGACAUGAAGUAAUUCAAUUUGUCCUUGUACAGCUGUGUUUCCAUAUAAAACAGUGCGCUGUGUAUCCCAGCAAGGCUGGAAAUUUUUGUCCUUUCUAUUUGUGGGUUCCAUUUUUGUGGGGCUUUUGUCUUUUGUUUUUUGUUUUGAGAAUAUGCAUAUAAUAAAAUAUCCCUUGCUUGUUCUCA